CACUUUUCAACUUGCUUCUUGACUUGCGCUCUUUGUCUUGUGUUUUUGCCAGGCUUGCCCAGUGUCACGCCCAGCCUUGCAGUCUCUCUCCGCAAUCUCGCCCGCUUUACUUUCAGGGUUGACCUUUGCUGCUGCCCGCGCCACACCUUUGGGCUUGACCGUGCUUGGUUGUUGUUUUCACGACCAGCCAUGGAGCCCGCGUCGCCAACCAAAAACCGUGUCCAACACACUGCUUCGGCCAACUCGCCCCCACCCCUCGAGGCGACGGAAAAGAAUCGCUGGGAUCGCCUCUGGCCCGUCAUUGCAUGCGGCGCAGGUCUCUUUUCGGAUGGUUACCUGAACAACAUCAUUGGCCCGGUCAACACGAUGCUGCAGAAGAUAUACGGCACUGAAUACAGCAAGAGCACGGCCCAGAGCAACGUCUCGUCCAUCACCUUCGCCGGCACCGUCGUCGGCAUGCUGAUCUUCGGCUUCACAUCUGACCGCUGGUCGCGCAAAUGGUCCCUGUUUCUGUCCACCAUCUUGCUCAUCAUCUUCGCCGCGUUGUGUGCUGGUUCGUACGGCGCGGGAGGCAGUGCCGGCGGCCUGUUUGUCGCCCUCACUGCAUACCGCUUCUUCCUUGGUAUCGGCAUUGGUGGUGAAUAUCCGGCUGGUAGCGUCGGUUGUGCCGAGAGUUCCUCUGAGCUCAAGGCCGGUACCCGUAACAGGUGGUUUAUCCUCUUCACUAACGUCCAGAUCGACGUCGGGUUCGUCGUGGCGGCGAUCGUGGCAACGAUAGUCGUGGUUGCAUGCACGGAAUCCCAUCUACGCGCCGCAUGGCGCAUCUGCCUGGGCCUAGGCGUGAUCCCGCCGUUAAGCCUGCUGUACCUGCGCGUCAAGCUGCAAGAGCCAGAAGCCUACAAACGCGCCACAGCGCUGCACGACACGCGCACGCCGUACAGCCUGGUGCUGCGCUUCUACUGGGUGCGUCUGAGCGCCGUGUCGCUGGUCUGGUUCGCAUAUGACUUCUCAGCCUACGCCUUCGGGCUCUACGCGCCAACGAUUCUGGCAUCUUUGCUCGGUGAGGACGCGCCCCUCUGGCGGAGCUUUGCAUGGAAUAUCCUUAUCAACGCGUUUUACUUGCCGGGAUGCGUGUCCGGUGCGCUGGCUGCGGAUCGCCUGGGGCCGCGCCGUACGCUGGUGAUUGGCAUGGCGGCGCAGGCCGCUGUGGGGUAUAUUAUGGCGGGCUGCUACUCAAUGCUGCGCUUGCCGGGAAACGUCGCCGCGUUUUGCGUCGUCUAUGGCAUCUUUUUGUCUUUGGGCGAGUUUGGACCUGGCGACAACAUUGGCCUGAUGGCAAGUAAAUCGUGCGCUACAGCCAUCCGCGGCCAGUACUACGGCACCGCAGCCGCGAUCGGCAAAGUCGGCGCCUUUGUCGGCACUUAUGCCUUCCCGGCACUGCAGGACGCGGCGCCCGAUGCCACGCAGGCAGGGCAAUACCCGUUCUGGCUCGCUUCGUCGCUGGCGGCGGCUGCGGCGGCGCUUGCUUGGGUCGCGCUUCCGGAGGUCAGCCAAGACGAGGUCGAAAAGGAAGACGAGAGGUUCAGGGCGUAUCUCAGAGAGAAGGGUUGGGGUGUUACGGCUGUGGAUGGUGGCGGUGAGAGCGCGUUGCGUGCUGAGGGGGGGAAGGACGUGGUUGAAGUUUAGGUAGGCUUGAGCAGGUGUUGGUGGUAUUGGCGAAUUUGAUCGGGAAGAGAUGCGGCACCACAUACCGGCAUGGUAUAUAAGACAAAAGAUAAUCAACACCAAGCACGACUGCCCUCACUUCCGCUCGCUGUGCUGCACCAUCCCGUACCACGGUGAGCCGAGCUAGGUACACCGAGCUCACCUAUUACAUACAGGAAGGCCCGGGAUUGCAUUUCACCGAGACCCCAAGCUGGCUUGCUUCCAUGCGUUGGCGCGACGGCGAAGGUGGUGGUCAGUAGCUAGAGGUCAAGGCAGUGACGGUGGAUGAUGGCAUCGGCCGGGAAAAAGUUGAGAGGAGGGCCUGGGGAGGGUGAAAUCGUUGAUGGAUAGGUUGGCGAUACUUGUGUGCAAGAACU